ACCAGCUGACCGUCAUCUGCAUCCUGCCUACCGGCAACGUGGCAAGUUGCGCUUUUUUCUGCACAUGCAACCUACAGUCGAAGGCACGGUUUGUCAUGUUGUGCUGACGUAGACCAGAAGGUCAGUUUAGUUUUUAUUGUGAUUAUCCCGAGGAUGGACGUGAUUUCCUCUUUUACAGCCCUCUGGAACAGCAGCUGUCAAACUCUUCAGGGCGUGCUCCACUGUUUACCUUCAGAUCACUGAGAUACACAAUGCAAACACAACGGCGAUCAAGGAAUGUGCGCUUAUGUGUGAUUUUUAAUCUGUUUAAUAUGUAACUAUGCUAUGCUAAUAUAUACAUAUAUAUAUUCCUCGCACUUGGAUUUACUCUGAUUUCACCUCCAGAGCACCGAGACGUCAUUUUUUAUGGGUCACAGUAUUUUGUGAACUUUAUCCUCUUGUUAUCAUACCGAUUUGUUAUCAGCUCAUGUUGUGAGUUUCCCAUGGAGUGAUGUGGCAUCUGUGGAUGUACUUUGACUGUGGCUGGGAUGUGUGAGCUAAGGUGUUAAAGGGUCAUCAUGGAUCACAGAGGUCACUACUGGCCGGACUCAGGCCGUCAUUCCCACAGAACAAAAGACAGAGAGGGAUACACCAGCCACUCUCAGCAGGAAAGGGACCAGCUCUAUCCACCUCCGGACCUCAGAGAGAGGGACAGGCACUGGGGCCAUCCUGAUGCCCAUUACAAUGCUCAUUUCCCUCUGCCUAGACCUGACUUUUAUCCAUACAACAGUCAGCAGUAUCAGUAUGGGUAUGGACCUGAGCACCAAAGACCUCUGUCCAGGCAUGGUUAUGACUAUCCACCUUACAGCCACUGGGACUACAGAGACAGCUAUGGUUGUUAUGACUACAGAGGGCAGCAUGGACGACAAGAUGGUGGCCAGUGGGGUCCUCAAGAACCACGGAGAGCAGAUCGGUACCAUGACAGGGCACACAACCAAGAACAACUAGGAAGCGUGAAUGCUCAGGAGUACAGGUACAACCAGGUGAGAGACAGCUCUCAGCAUUACCUCAAUGACUUUGAGGACAAUCCCUCCAGAGACAAUGAAGAGAUUUCCUCUUUUUACCUUGGGACAUUAGAAAGCUCCAAAAACUCAGGGUUAUCUUCCAGCAGCUAUGAGCUGAGUCAGUACAUGAAUGGAGCCGAACACAGUGAUGCUGCCCCUCAAGCCUAUGGAGACCAAGCACAUGUGCAUCAGAUGUCAGCUCCUCUGAAGUACUCGAUCCCUCAUGCUGUUGUCAGUUUUGGGCCUGCGGGUCAACUGAUUCGGGUCACUACAGGCUUGUCAGCACAGGAGAAUGUCAGCCUCCUGGAAAUCCACAGUCUGGAGGUUAUUCUAAGUGAGACACAGGAGCAGCAUGAAAUGAGAAGCUUCCCAGGGCCUUUAACCAGGGAGGAUUUGCACAAAGUGGAUGCUAUAGAGUUUGCCCACCAGAUGGCAGGCGCCUGCAUGAGGGACAACAAACUGCAAGAUAAAAGCUCUGCUGCCCUUUUGUGGAAUAUUCUGAUAUUGCUCUGCAGACAGAAUGGACAAAUAGUCGGGUCAGAUAUCGCAGAGUUGCUGAUGCAGGACUCACAUUCAGAUGGAAGCUGCCCAUCAGAUGCCCCCACGCUUAUUGACUUCAAUGAGGAUACAACUGCUGAAGCACCACCUUGCAAAGGAGACGACCUGCUCACAGGAAACUGGAGCAGCUUUAGCUCAGAGAACUCUGAGAAGGGCCUGCAGACCUACACUCAACUACUGCUGGCUGGAAGAAAGAAGGAGGCCCUGGAUUCGGCUAUGACCAGCGGCCUGUGGGGACAUGCACUUUUUCUGGCCAGCAAAAUGGACAACAGGUCCUAUAUGACUGUACUGAACAGGUUCACAGGCCAGCUAACGCCCAGUGAUCCCCUCCAGACUCUCUUCCAGCUGCUGUCUGGGAGAAUUCCUGCUGCAGCCACGUGCUGUGGAAAUGAAAAAUGGGGAGACUGGAGGCCCCAUCUGGCUGUUAUGCUCUCCAAUGAGACAGGAGAUCCAGCCAUCCAACAGAAGGCCAUCGUCACCAUGGGAGAUACACUCGCCUCCAGAGGCCUCAUACAUGCUGCCCAUGUGUGCUACUUGACAGCCAGUGUUCCCUUCGGGGUGUUUACACAGAAGGCUGAGAGACUGGCACUUCUAGGCAGCAGCCACAGGAAAUUGUUUGAGUGCUUUGCCACAAACACUGCCAUCCAGUGCACUGAACUAUAUGAGUAUUGCCAGACUCUUGGGAACAAAAACUUUUCAAUACCCUCCUUUCAGGUGUAUAAGUUCCUGUACGCCAAUCGUCUGUUGGACUGUGGGCUUUCAUCUCAGGCCUUUCAUUACUGUGAGGUGGUCGGACAGGCGAUCCUCAGGCAUCAGGAGCCUUUCUUUGUGCUGACUGGGGAGGUCGUCAAGCUGUCAGACAGACUGAGAUACUCAGAGGGUCAGUUCAGUGAAGCAGGGCUCCAUGGAGACGGGCAAGAACCUGAUUGGCUGAAGCACCUACGUGCUAGGCACCACAGUUUACAGACUGGAACUGUCGACUCUACUGAAGCAUACCAGCCAGCUCCUGGGAAUACUGUUAUGUCACAUGAAAUGCCCUCAGAAUCAGAUUUAGAUUAUUUGAGCCACGGCAUUCAGAGUCCUGAGCCUGAACUCCUUUAUUAUAGAGGCCGUGAGGACCAAGAAAGCAUAUUGCAUGAAGAUGGAGGAGACACUGAGGAAAUGGCAGUGACGUCAUGGGGCAUGGGAGCAGCUCAGGACUGGCCACAGGCCAACUGCCCGGCUACACCAGUAACAGUGGCCUAUACUCCCUCAGUGCCCACAGUGGCUCCAACCCAGAACUUCUGUUAUCAUAACAAAGAUAGUGCUGAAGUCAAAAGUACCUCACAACAUUGUCCUCCACAUAAUCUGCCAGCAAUAGCAGAGGGGGCCGGAGCAUCCUCUGGAGCAGGGAUGUUGAUUGAGACGAACUUCAGUCAGCCGGGACAAGUCGAGCAGAUUGUCCCUCAAGGAUUAAAAGCUUCUGAGGACACCACUGAGCCUCUUAAACAGAACACAAAGAAAGGAUGGUUCAGUGGCUGGUUCAAGUCAAAACCUAAAGUGGUCCAAAAAGAGGCUUCAGAGCAGGGAGGCCCAGCUCACACAGACUUUUCACCAUCUGCUGACGUUUGUCCUCCUCCACCACCUGCCAGUGUCCCUCCUGGCAUGUUUCCACCACAGUCUUCCACUGCUGGGAUUAAUCCAUUCUCAAGGAAAGCAGGCCAGCAGCUGGGUUAGAAACCGUGAGACUCACCUCUGUCACAGGAUCAUGCGUCUUGCACCAAAAGUGAGGAUAUCACAAUGUCACACCACAUGUCGCGUACUGUAAGAUGCACACCGCUCACUAGUUCUUUUUUAGUAAUGCCCUUUAAAAUCCUACAGCUUGCAAACCGUCAUGUUCCUUGUUAGUUACAGGAAUACUCUGCAUCGACUUGGAUAUCAACUCGUAUUGCAGUGACAAAAACAGCUGAGGUGUGUGUUCUAAAAGCUGACUUAGGGGAAAUUACCAGCAGACGCAGUACAUAUCUUGGGAAAGGGAUAGCUUAACUCAGAGCAAUCACGCCAGCAACACUGGGGCUGAAGUUCUACUGUGGCAAAAAAUGGUGGUGUAACUGUGAUCACUAUGCCACGAUCAUCUGUGCUAUAUGCUGCAAUUAAAUAUCCAGCUAAAUAUAAGCGUGGAAAAUAUUUAAAGAUAUACACACAUAUACCACUGCAGUUAUAUUAUCUAUGCUCCAACCACUGUUUUAAAACAGAAAUAAGACGCACAUUAAUAAAUGCUGUGGUCACAGAAGCUUUUUAAGCAUAAUUUGUAGCCCAGCUUUGCAGAGCUAUACCACAUCAUGGGCAGUACUUGAUUAUUUUCUGUCAUCUGAAAAGUGCAACAGUUGUAUUUUAAAUUGCACACGGGACAGAAAAUAAAUGCUGAAAAUAAAAUUGGAAUAGUGUCUUCUCAUGUUGUCAUACUGCCAAGAUUGAUGAUACCACAUGGCGAGAGAGGGGAGGAUAGCUCAGGGAAGACCUCUACCAGCCAAAUACCCAGUGCCCUCUUACAGCCUCUACACCCACCAGAGAGCAGACGCCUCCAGGACCAAACUGUUUAUGUGCUGAUGAUUUAUUUGUAAUGAAAUGGAGCUCAGCAUAUAAAAGGUUGAUUUUACACACUGCUCUUUAAAUUGUAUAUGAAAAACAGUAAUAUAUACUCUUGUAAUUGAUUUUAGAUUGACCUUUUUUAUUUCUGUGUCACCGUGUAAACAUGUUUGGAUGUAACAGGGAUGUUGUUAAGUCGUUUGACUUUAAGUUUCAAUGUAUUGUGUUUUUGUACCUCUAUACGACCACAUGAAAUGUGUUUAUUCUCUAGCUUUUCAGCAGAUUCUCGCAGCAGAGGAAAGUAUUAUUAAAAGCUGUAUCUGCAGUCAUGUUAAUAGUCAUAUAUUUAAUAAUUACAUCUUGCCGAGAAAUAGCUGCAAUUCCCGACAGAGCCUUUCAAUUAAUGUAGAGCAAGUGACAACACGGCAGGUGCCGUCUCCUUUUACGAUUAGUCUGCAGUAGCCAAGAAUGAGUGGCACACGCUGGCCUUGAAUUCAACACACGCACAAACAAACACACACGUGCAGAUGAGCAGCAUGUGAACUACGGCAUACGUCCUGCCAAUAAAGUGUCACUAU